UGAUUGGUUUAUUGAAAGAAGAAGAAAUUAUGAAGAAAGAGUAGUGAAAUAGAAAUGGCAAAAGUGGAAACAAAAUUUGGUUUGUAAUAACCGAAACGGAAGCAAAGGUUGAAAAGACAAGAUUGAUUUGAGAGAACGUUCAGUUUGGCGCUUUCUACGCCCAAAGCAAUGCCACUCUUCAUCUUUGAAUCAUUCUCCACUCUCUCUCUCUUUCUCUCUCUAAAACCUAACUCUCAUUCAUUCCAACAAUGAAUUCUGAAUGUGUGUAAACGCGGUUUCUGUUCAGAUCGAUAUUCAUGGGGAUUUGCUUCAGCAUUGAAGAAAAACACGUUUCCCUCUCCGAUUCAAAACCAAAACCUAAUUCCACAGGUUCGGUUGGAAAUGAAUCCGCUGCACCAACAACUCUAUUAGGUGGUGGUACUGGUUCCAUGAAUAUCAAAGAACUUCGUGAAGGUGCUGGAUACAGCAACGUCCAUAUUUUCACCUACAACGAAUUGAGGCUUUCCACUAAGCAGUUUCGUCCCGAUUUCAUUCUUGGAGAAGGUGGAUUUGGUGUUGUGUAUAAAGGUGUCAUUGAUGAUAGUGUUAGAGCCGGUUAUAAAUCAACUGAAGUCGCUAUUAAGGAACUCAAUCGCGAAGGGUUUCAAGGCGAUAGGGAAUGGCUUGCCGAAGUUAACUAUUUGGGUCAAUUCAGUCACCCGAAUCUUGUGAAGCUCUUUGGGUACUGCUGUGAGGAUGAACACCGCUUGUUGGUCUAUGAGUACAUGGCUAGUGGGAGCUUGGAGAAACAUCUUUUCCGCAGAGCUGGCUCAACAUUGACUUGGUCAAAAAGAAUGAAGAUUGCUUUGCAUGCUGCAAGAGGGCUUGCUUUUCUUCAUGGUGCAGAAAGGCCCAUCAUAUAUCGUGACUUUAAGACUUCAAAUAUCUUGCUAGAUGCGGAUUUCAAUGCAAAGCUUUCAGACUUUGGCCUUGCGAAGGAUGGGCCGAUGGGGGACCAAACACACGUUUCAACACGAGUGAUGGGCACAUAUGGAUAUGCUGCUCCGGAGUAUGUCAUGACUGGGCAUUUGACUGCUCGAAGUGACGUGUAUGGUUUUGGGGUGGUGCUACUUGAAUUGCUUAUUGGUAGGAGAGCACUUGAUAAGAGCAGGCCCAGCCGAGAGCACAACUUGGUUGAGUGGGCACGACCGCUGUUGAAUCAUAACAAGAAACUUCUGAAAAUUCUAGACCCGAAAAUAGAAGGGCAAUACUCAAGUAAAACUGCAACAAAGGCGGCACAUUUAGCAUACCAAUGUCUUAGCCAAAACCCGAAAGGCAGACCUCUAAUGAGCCAGGUUGUUGAAAUCCUGGAAAACUUUCAAACAAAGGGGGAAAGUGAGGAAGAUCAAAUCGUUCAAAGUGGUGGUAGCAGUAUAACCCUUUAUGAGGUUCCAAAGGGCAGUAAUGAUACUCCAUCUUAGGGCUUAACCAAACUGCAAAUAACAAGGUAUAUAGGUGUGAGGCAAGCCCAUGACAAAGAAGAACGCGGCUCUUUCGAAUGACUAAAUUAUGUUCUUCACCUGAUUCUGGCGUUUCUUGAAGUUGAAGUUUUGUCUGCGUAGAUGGUAAUUAAAGCUUGUCCAAAAUGUUUAUAGGUGGAUCCCAAUGAUGUUUCCUCAUGUAGCUUAAGCAUUUUCACUUCAAUUAUUCUUCUUUUCAAUUUUGAAUCAUUAGGAUGAUGUUAAUUGGAAUGUUUCAUGUAGUUCUUUCUUAUUUAUUUCCUCUAUGCACACAUAAUGUUAAUUGUGUAAUUUUGAAUCAUUAGUAUAAUAUUGUUCAAUUAUUUUAA